ACAAGGAUGACAAGAAGAAGAUGAUGAUGGGCGCAGCAGGUGGUCUUGCUGUUGGAGCUGUUGGUGGUGCGCUUAUUGGACAUGCACUCGGUCGGUCAUCAAAUAUCCCAGCUUAUUCCUUCCUAUACCUACUCGAUUUGUUGAUUUGAAAUUUGCUAACAUGGCUAACGAAGGUGACGACUCUGACGAUGAAAAACACGCGGCGGCAGCAGAUAGUAGCGCCACGGCUCCUCCUCCUGUAGGUCUGCCACCAGAUGAGACCGCAGAUGGAAGCUCUGUGUCUUCUAGCGACCGUGAGGAUGUCCUAGAAGCUCGUCAAGAGUACGAGCAGGCGCAACUUGCCGCGCAGGACUCGGACGCGUCUAGCAGCGAAGAGGAGGCGCUCGAAGAGGCAAGAGAGGAAUAUGAGGAAACAUAUGAAGAGGUCUAUGAGGAUUAAAUUUAUUUAUUAUCAGGAAGAUGUCGCCAUUAUCAUUCUGCCGUACUACGUUAUUCAGCAAACAACCCAGACAAACGCAUUCAUACCGUAGCAAAUUGAAUCGCAAAAUAGCACUUUUUAUAUAGGAACCUAUUCUUUCAGCCUUAACAAAUCACAUGUAUCCACUCUGACACCCAUUUGCGACUCAGGCCUUGGACGCCCUGUAUCAUUGGAC